AUGGCACCAAUCCCCGUGACAAUAGUUACUGGGUUCCUUGGUUCGGGCAAAACAACACUCCUCCUCAACCUAAUCCCGCAACUGCCCCGCACCUACCGACUCGCGCUCCUCAAAAACGAAUUCGGCGACAUCGCAAUCGACUCGCAGCUCGCCUCCGCGCAAUCCAUCAGCGGCGUACGUGAACUGCUCAACGGAUGUAUCUGCUGCAACCUAGUCGGGCAGCUCAGCGACGCGCUGGAGCAGCUGCGUACCGAGGAACAACCCGACCGCAUUGUCAUCGAGACGAGCGGCAGCGCGUUCCCCGCGACGCUAGCGAUGGAGGUGAACCGGCUAGCGCGUGAGCAGGGCGGGCAUUUUGUGCUUGAUGGCGUGAUUAGUGUUAUUGAUGUUGAGAACUGGGAGGGCUAUGAGGAUACGUCGUAUACGGCGAAGAUCCAGGCGAAGUAUACGGAUCUGAUUAUCUUCAAUAAGUGGGAGCUGGUUUCGGAGCAGCGUUUUGAUGUUUGUCUUGAUCGUGUGGGCGAUCUGGAGGUUGAGACGCCGUGGGUGAAGUCGGAUCGGGGGCACGUUGAUAAGGAUGUGUUGCUUGGGAUUGAUGGCGCGCUGUUUACGAAGGAGAAGGAUCCUACUGCUACUCUAGUGAAUCCGGAUCAGAAUAAGCAGCAGCAGCAUGGCCACCAGCAUGAUCACCAGACUGAAGUCGAGGUGUUAUCUGUAACACUUAAGUCGGCUGUCUCGCAGCAGACUGUCGAUGUCCCUCCUCUCGAACGGUUCCUUUCUGCGGCGCCCAGAGACGAAGUCUACCGCAUUAAGGGCAUCAUACACUGCUCUGCUCAAGAUCCCCCCGCAGAAUCAUCUGAGAACCUUGACGCGAAACCGAAGUCUCAAGACUCGCGGUACUAUAUCCUAAAUUGGGCGUUUGGGAGGUGGACGGCUACGCCUUCUGCGGUGGUCGCCGAGUCUGCAGACCCCGCAGUGGUUGCUCGUAUAACGUUGAUCCUGGCCCGAUACGAGUCUGCCAAGUGGAAGAAGAAGCUCGAGGCGGGUGGAUUGGUGCAGGCGGCAGACGCGGAGUUGGCAGUCGAGCGGCUGGUUUAG